AUGUCUCGUCUUCUUUCCGGAAUAAAAGUUGUCGAGUUAGGUGGUCUUGCGCCCGUUCCACAUUGUGGUAUGUUACUGGCGGAUUUUGGAGCUGAUGUAACCGUUAUUGACAAGAAAAGCCCAACUGUUGAACAACGCAUGAAUCGAGGCAAAACUAUGAAGGAGUUUGAUUUGAGAGAACCGGAGGAUAUUAAAAAAGUCCGAGACCUCUGUCGUACCAGUGAUGUGCUUCUAGAUCCGUAUAGACCUGGAACACUGGAGAAAAUGGGGUUGGAUCCGCUUUCCCUAUGGGAUGAAAACAAAGGUCUUAUCAUUUGUCGGAUCAGUGGAUAUGGGCAAACAGGAAGAAUGAAAAACGAAGCUGGUCAUGAUAUCAACUAUGUGGCAUUGAGUGGUAUGCUCCCUACCUUUGCUGGUGCCGAGGCUUCCCGUCCCUGGCCACCGGUGAAUAUGCUUGCUGACUUUGCUGGUGGUGGUUUGACAGCUGCAUUUGGUAUUGUAUCCGCCAUUCAUGCAAGAACCCAUAAUGGUGGUAAAGGCUGUGUCCUUGAUUGCUCUAUGACCGAGGGAACUGCCUAUUUGGCGUCGUUCGUUCAACAUUAUUAUGACCAAACGCAUCUGUUCACCGAUAAAUAUGCAGCGUUUACUGGUGAAUGCCCCAUUUAUAGAACAUACAAGACGAAAGAUGGGAAGUUCAUGGCAGUUGGUCCGUUGGAGCCAAAGUUCCAUCAGAAUAUGUUUGAAGUAUUGGGAGUAGAUGGAGAUGAUCUGUUUACAAACCCAAAGAAGAUAAUAAAACUUCUGGAAGACACAUUUAUGACGAAAACACGCGAUGAGUGGUCGAAAAUAUUUGAAGGCAAGGAUUGUUGCGUGACUCCUGUCCUUGAUAUUCAUGAAGUCGGCACGUACGGCCAACACGUCGACCGUCAAAAUUUCACCAAAAGUGACAAGUUUGGCGGAACUUGGAUUGCAAAACCUUCUCCCCGAGUACAAACGAUGGAAGAGUUAACUGCGGCGCGGUCCAAGCUGUGA